AUGAGGUUCUCGAUUUCGUCAAUGUCCGAUUGGGAGCUCGGGUGGAGGGGAAUCGUGUCUCUGUGGGACAUUGUGUGUGUUUUUGUCGGGGUAAGGUUCCGAGGAAAUAAGGUCCGGCUACGGUGGUGUGACGGAGUGGAUGUGGUGAUCAGAAGCGAGAAAAAAUCCCUAAAUCCCCAAAAUCAAACCAUCAUCUCUGCCGUCGCCCCCUCUCUUCCAGCGAUUGACCGCUUCGACCACCAGGCCGGCUUCGGUCGAGGCACGGCGGGGGUGCUCUCCUCCGCCUCGAUCGGAGCUUGUGGGAGUUUGGCCGCCGGUGGUUCUCAUCGAUCAGCCUCUCUCUCCGGAUCCGGGAGAGGUCGUCGGCCGCCUUGUCCCGCCCCACCGUGGAAGUCAGCUGCGCUGCAGGAUGCUCGU